AUGCCAGAAGAAGUCGGUGUGGCGAUGGAGACUCCGGACCGUGCGCCUAGCGUGAGUGAGGUUGAGGCCCAAUCCGACGCGGAGGAGGCCGCCAGGGGCGAGCCAACAGAUGAGGGAUACUGGGAUGAGGAGGACGAGCUAGAGGACUACCUGAACCAGAAUUUUCAGUCUUCUGAUGACGAGGAGGGUCUGCAGAUGAACCAGAUAAUUGAAGAGCCGGCCACGCCGGCGGAGAGCGCCGCGUCCUCUGACCUCGAGCUGGUGGAUGAGGAGGGCGAGGAGGCCUGCAACAUCGUGGCUCUGCCCAGCACGCUCAAGCAACGGCGACCCUCCGCCCAGGACCUGGACGACUUUGAGGAUGAUGUGGACAGCGAGGAGGAGCUGGAGGAUGGGGAUGUGCUGGUCGGCGAGGGAGCUGGUGCACGCGAGGGCAGUGCCGACUCCAAUGCCAGAUCAGCAGCGUUGAUGAGCGAGAGCGAGGAGUCGGACUCGGAUGAUGAUGCCAAGGCAGCCCGUCGCGCCGAGAAACUGCAGCGGGUGUUCCUGGACAUGGAGGCUGAGCUCAGUGACGAGGAGGGGGCAGGCAUCCGCGUCAGCGACGACGAGGACGACGGCCUUGAUGAUGGAGGGGACCUGGCGGACCUGAUCGGCAAGGAGCGGGAGCGGAAGAGGGACGCGGCAGCCCGCGAGCGCCUGCACCAGGAAUGGACGGCGGCGCAGGAUGCCAGGGAGCUCCAGGACGUGCUGAGGGGCCUGCGGCGCGGUUUCCGGAGGGCGCGAGGGGAUGGGCUGUGGGACGACGAGGUGCGCCGAGUGUUCCCAGGGACGAUGGCACGGGCAGGCGACGGGUGCGGCUGGACGAGGAAGGCGCUCCCUCUGGAGGAUCAGGUGGUCUAG